CAGACGCCAUUUCCAGCAGUUGUGGCUUCUCACUGGGGAGUAGCUGUCCCGGACAAUGAGCUAUGAUUACCAUCAGAACUGGGGCCGCGAUGGCGGUUCUCGCAGUUCCAGUGGUGGGUGUGGAGGGGGCCACGGAGGGAGUCGGAGCUCUGGAGGCGGCGGCGGCGGAGGUGGUCGAGGAGGAAGGGGUCGGCACCCCGGACACUUGAAAGGCCGCGACAUUGGCUUGUGGUACGCGAAAAAACAGACGCAGAAGAACAAGGAUGCGGAGAGGCAAGAGAGAGCGGUAGUACACAUGGACGAACGAAGAGAAGAGCAAAUUGUACAGCUGCUGAAUUCUGUCCAAACUAAAAAUGAUAAAGACUCAGAAGCACAGAUAUCCUGGUUUGCCCCAGAAGAUCAUGGAUAUGGGACUGAAGUUCCUGCUGACAACAAAUCAACUUCAGGGAAGAAACUUGACAACCAGGAAAAGAAAUUGAUAAGUCAAGAAAAAAAAACAUUAAGAUUCAGGGACAAAUCAUACAUUGAUCGAGAUUCUGAAUAUCUUUUGCAAGAAAAUGAACCAAAUGUAACCUUAGACCAACAAUUAUUGGAAGAUUUACAGAAGAAAAAAACUGAUCUUCGGUAUAUUGAAAUGCAGCGUUUUAGGGAAAAGCUUCCUUCAUACGGAUUGCAAAAGGAGUUGGUAGAUUUAAUUGAUAAACACCAGGUAACAGUAAUAAGUGGUGAAACUGGUUGUGGAAAAACCACUCAAGUUACUCAGUUCAUUUUGGAUAACUACAUUGAAAGAGGAAAAGGAUCUGCGUGCAGAAUAGUUUGUACUCAGCCAAGAAGAAUUAGUGCCAUUUCAGUGGCGGAGAGAGUGGCUUCAGAAAGAGGAGAAUCUUGUGGCAAUGGUAAUAGUACUGGAUACCAAAUUCGUCUCCAGAGUCGAUUGCCAAGGAAACAGGGUUCUAUCUUAUACUGUACAACAGGAAUCAUCCUUCAGUGGCUCCAGUCAGACCCGCACUUGUCCAGUGUCAGCCAUAUUGUACUAGAUGAAAUCCAUGAAAGAAAUCUACAGUCGGAUGUUUUGAUGACUGUUAUUAAAGAUCUUCUUAUUUCUCGCUCCGACCUGAAAGUAAUAUUGAUGAGUGCAACAUUGAAUGCUGAGAAAUUUUCAGAAUACUUUGGUAACUGUCCAAUGAUACAUAUACCUGGUUUUACUUUUCCAGUUGUAGAAUAUCUUUUGGAAGACAUAAUUGAAAAAAUAAGAUAUACUCCAGAACAAAAGGAACACAGAUCCCAAUUUAAGAGGGGUUUCAUGCAAGGGCAUAUAAAUAGGCCAGAAAAAGAAGAAAAAGAAGCAAUCUAUAAGGAACGCUGGCCAGAUUAUGUGAGAGAACUGCGAAGAAGGUACUCUGCAAAUACUGUAGAUGUUUUGGAAAGGAUGGAUGAUGAUAAAGUUGAUCUGACUUUAAUUGCUGCCCUAAUCCGGCACAUUGUUUUGGAAGAAGAGGAGGGUGCAAUACUAGUCUUUUUGCCAGGCUGGGACAAUAUCAGUACUUUACAUGAUCUUUUGAUGUCACAAGUGAUGUUUAAAUCAGAUAAAUUUAUAAUUAUACCAUUACAUUCAUUGAUGCCUACAGUAAAUCAGACACAGGUAUUUAAAAGAACUCCUCCUGGUGUUCGGAAAAUAGUAAUUGCCACCAACAUCGCAGAGACUAGCAUUACCAUAGAUGAUGUAGUUUUUGUCAUAGAUGGAGGAAAAAUUAAAGAGACACACUUUGAUACACAGAACAACAUAAGUACGAUGUCUGCUGAGUGGGUUAGUAAAGCCAAUGCUAAACAGAGGAAAGGUCGAGCUGGAAGAGUACAACCUGGUCAUUGCUAUCAUCUGUAUAAUGGUCUUCGAGCAAGUCUUCUGGAUGACUAUCAGUUACCAGAAAUUUUGAGAACUCCUUUGGAAGAACUUUGUUUGCAAAUAAAGAUUUUAAGGCUAGGAGGAAUUGCUUAUUUUCUGAGUAGGUUAAUGGAUCCACCAUCAAAUGAGGCUGUGUUGCUUUCCAUAAGACAUCUGAUGGAACUGAAUGCUUUGGAUAAACAAGAAGAAUUGACACCUCUUGGAGUCCACUUAGCACGAUUACCAGUUGAGCCUCAUAUUGGAAAAAUGAUUCUUUUUGGAGCUCUUUUCUGUUGCUUAGACCCUGUACUCACUAUUGCUGCUAGUCUCAGCUUCAAAGACCCUUUUGUCAUUCCACUGGGAAAAGAAAAAAUUGCAGAUGCAAGAAGAAAGGAAUUAGCAAAGGAAACAAGAAGUGAUCACCUGACGGUUGUGAAUGCUUUUGAGGGAUGGGAAGAAGCUAAGCGACGUGGUUUCAGAUAUGAGAAAGACUAUUGCUGGGAAUAUUUUCUGUCUUCAAACACAUUGCAGAUGCUGCAUAACAUGAAAGGACAGUUUGCUGAACACCUUCUUGGAGCUGGAUUUGUAAGCAGUAGAAAUCCUAAAGAUCCGAAGGCUAAUAUAAAUUCAGAUAAUGAGAAGAUAAUUAAAGCUGUCAUCUGUGCUGGUUUAUAUCCCAAAGUUGCUAAAAUCCGACUAAAUUUGGGUAAAAAAAGAAAAAUGGUGAAAGUUCAUACAAAAACGGAUGGGCUGGUUUCUAUUCAUCCUAAAUCUGUUAAUGUGGAGCAAACAGACUUUCAUUACAACUGGCUUAUUUAUCACUUGAAGAUGAGAACAAGUAGUAUAUACUUGUAUGACUGCACAGAAGUUUCCCCAUAUUGUCUCCUGUUCUUUGGAGGUGAUAUUUCCAUCCAGAAGGAUAAUGAUCAGGAGACUAUUGCUGUAGAUGAAUGGAUUAUAUUUCAGUCUCCAGCAAGAAUUGCCCAUCUUGUUAAGGACUUAAGAAAGGAACUAGAUACCCUUCUGCAAGAGAAGAUUGAAAGUCCUCAUCCUGUGGAUUGGAAAGACACUAAAUCCAGAGACUGUGCAGUACUGUCAGCUAUUAUAGACUUGAUCAAAACACAGGAAAAGGCAACUCGCAGGAACUUCCCACCACGAGCCCAGGAUGGGUAUUACAGCUGACAACUCCUGUGGUGCACUGAGAAGCCAAAAUAUCAGCUAUUUUUACCAUAGUUGGUUGUUUGCUAAAUGCCAAACCUUAAGACAUAAUUUUCAAAUGUAAGGUAGAAACCUUUAGAAGAUAGUAAAGAUUUAAUGUGCAUGACUUAACAGUGUCGUCUGUAACUAUUAUAAAUAUACUAUAAAAAGCAGUAUGUUCUCUGAUCAUGUCUUCUGUUGUGGUCAUGUCCAUACUUCGCAAGUAUUUCUCUUGUAUGUGUUGAAUUUUGUACCAUAGAGAAAUUCUUUUGUUCAUUAUAUGAAAUUAAUUUUUUGCUCGUGAACAUUAAGUUUAGGAUCAGUUAAAAACAAAAUGGUUAGCCAAAAACUGUCAGAGUAUCAGGUUAAGAGUCAAAAGGCAACCAUGUUGUUGUUGUUUUUUUUUUAUAAGAAACUUUUAUCAGAAGUAAAUUGUAAUAAAGCCCAAUAUUUAAUAAAAUGUACAGUGUGUAAAUCUCUGCUAA